CGCUCCCACAACCGACAUUCUGUAUCCGGGUCAGAGGUCUAAUCGUAAUCGCAUUAACUGAGAAAGAUGGCGCAAGGUAAACAGAAGUUCAAGGCACAGCGACCUGGCGGAGCCAAGAAACCGCAGCCAAACAAACAGAAAGGGCCGAAGAAAGGAGGCAGGGUGAUCGCUCCCAAGAAGGCUGUGGUUGUCCAGCAGCAGAAGUUGAAGAAGGGCCUGGAGGUGGCGAUCAGGAACAAGAUCGAGCAGGAAGUGACCCACAAGGCGUCCCACUCGCUCCACAAGCACCUGAGCAUCGUCAAGGGAGCGGAAAGGACGCCCCCCCCAGGUGUGGGGCAGCGUCCUGGGGCUAGAACCUCCAAAUAACUAGGAUACUCCCCUCUCCUCCCUCCUCCUACCUGCUCCCUCCUCCUAGACUAACGGGAACGCCCCCUCUCUCAUCCCCACGGAGUCUUCGACCUGUGAUUGGGAGAGCUUCAAGGAGCUUGUGUCGUAGAAGAGACAAUGGGACUGAAAUGAGUGGUGGUGUCACGCUGAAAACCUCCACUAGGUGGCGAUCAGUCAAUCAAGCCUGAGAAGAAGCCUCUUGGAAGAAGUCUGGCUUGUUUUACACCUUACAGGGCAGCUGGCUUGUGUUUCUUCACUGUUGUCAUCUGUCAGUGAUGAUAUCAAAGACACAAUCAAGGUUGUAUCUGACACAUGGCCCAAAUGCAAAAAUACGAAUAAAAAGUAUGUGGACAUAUUUAUACAAGCAGUGUAUAUUUGUGUUUGAAGAUUG